UCCACCAGAUUUGCUAAUCCAAAGGUGGCAGCACUGAUUGGGAUCCAGAGCUUCAUUUUUUUACGUCGGAAGUGAAAAAAAUAGAUUCUCGACUCGGAUAUCAGAGAAAUGCAAUUGCCGCGACGGGAAGUUGUUGAAGCGUCUCAGUCGUGUAUUUGUUUAAUGUGGCGUCGAUUCCAGCGCGUGCCACCGUCCUAUUCGUCCGUUUAUCUGCGUGGUUAAUAGUUUUAGAGCAGAACUUCCCCUGUAAAGGGGAGUGGAGUGCUGUGUGGUGAGCGGGGGCGCGGAGUGCUGAACGCGCAGACAGCGCGGAAUCGAUAUCGAUGGUACGCACCAAAAACCAGUCCUCCUCCUCCAGCGCCAGCAGCAGUAGCACCAAAUCGCCUAUAAAGUCCAGCACCGGAGCCGGAUCGGGGGGCGCCAGCGGACGCCAGUCCACGCACCGCUCCUCGAGCGCCUCCAACGUAGCCGCCGCCGCAGCAGCAGCCGGAGCAUCCUCGUCCGCCGCCGCCUCGUCGAAUCGUAGAACGACGCCGGGUAGCUCGCCCGACGGCGACGACGACACCACCACCACCGAUGACCUGACCCCCACCUCGUGCUCCCCGCGCAGCGGUCACCACCACCACCAGUACAUUGGCUCGUCCUCCGUGCACAAGCAAAACCUCUACGUCGUCUCGUUCCCCAUUAUCUUCCUCUUCAACGUGCUGCGCUCGCUGAUUUAUCAGCUGUUCUGUAUCUUUCGCUACCUGUACGGGGCUAGCACAAAGGUGAUUUACCGCCCGCACCGCCGCGACUGCAACAUCGAAAUCGUGGUACAAAACUCGAAGGAGCAGCAGCAGCAGUCGCUCAACCAUCCGCUGGAACUGAACGGCGAAGCAGUAGGCCAGGAGCAGCAGUUGUCCAAUCAGCCACAACGCUACCGCGCCAUCCAACCGCUGGAAAUGGCCGCCAAUCGACCGGGUGGUGGCUACUCCCCUGGCCCCGGUGAUCCGCUGCUGGCCAAACAGAAGCACCACCAUCGCCGUGCCUUCGAAUACAUCUCCAAGGCGCUCAAGAUCGACGAGGAAAACGAAGGUCACAAAGAGCUGGCCAUUGAGCUCUACCGGAAGGGCAUCAAGGAGCUGGAGGAUGGAAUCGCAGUAGACUGCUGGAGUGGUCGCGGGGAUGUGUGGGAUCGGGCUCAACGUCUGCACGACAAGAUGCAGACGAAUCUCUCGAUGGCUCGAGACCGUCUUCACUUUCUGGCCUCGGGACGCAAGCUAACCAUCGGAACCAAGCGACCCGGCAACUUGGCCGUUGCCAACAAGUCACAAACGCUACCGCGCAAUCUUGGCUCCAAGACGUCCGUCGGAGCUGUCCAAAGGCAGCCGGCCAAGACAGCUGCCACGCCCCCUGCCGUACGGCGCCAGUUUUCUUCGGGUCGCAAUACACCGCCUCUGCGCUCCCGAACUCCCAUUAACAAUAACGGUCCCAGCAGCAGUGGCAGUGGCGCCAGCACUCCGGUGGUAAGUGUCAAGGGCGUGGAACAAAAGCUGGUGCAGCUUAUUCUCGACGAGAUUGUCGAAGGCGGGGCCAAGGUGGAGUGGACGGACAUUGCGGGCCAGGAGGUGGCCAAACAGGCCCUACAGGAAAUGGUCAUACUGCCGUCCGUGCGACCUGAACUUUUUACAGGUCUUCGUGCUCCUGCCAAGGGAUUACUGCUGUUCGGUCCACCCGGUAAUGGCAAGACCCUGCUGGCGCGCGCCGUGGCUACCGAAUGUAGCGCCACGUUCCUAAACAUCUCGGCGGCCUCGCUGACUAGCAAGUAUGUGGGUGAUGGCGAGAAACUGGUGAGGGCUCUUUUUGCCGUUGCUCGACACAUGCAGCCCUCGAUCAUCUUCAUUGACGAGGUAGACUCACUGCUCUCGGAGCGAAGCAGCAGUGAGCACGAGGCGUCGCGCCGCUUAAAGACCGAGUUCCUGGUAGAGUUCGACGGGCUGCCAGGAAAUCCAGAUGGUGAUCGCAUUGUGGUGCUGGCCGCCACCAAUCGGCCGCAGGAACUGGAUGAGGCCGCCCUGCGACGGUUUACUAAGCGCGUCUAUGUCGCACUGCCCGACGAGCAGACCCGUGAGCUGCUCCUCAACCGCCUGCUGCAGAAGCAGGGCAGUCCACUGGACACGGAAGCGUUGCGUCGCCUAGCCAAGAUCACCGAUGGUUACUCGGGCUCCGAUUUGACGGCCUUGGCCAAGGACGCUGCUCUAGAGCCUAUUCGCGAGUUGAAUGUGGAGCAAGUAAAGUGCCUGGACAUCAGUGCGAUGCGGGCGAUCACGGAGCAGGACUUUCACAACUCGCUGAAGCGCAUCCGGCGUUCUGUGGCCCCGCAGAGCCUUAAUUCCUAUGAGAAAUGGUCGCAGGAUUACGGCGACAUUACAAUCUAGUCGGGCCAGCUGUGAUGUGAGUUUCAAAAAGUUCACUAGUUUUUCCAUCAUGUGACUCCUUGUAAGGAUCGGUUCCAUCCCGUAGACUUAUCCUUUCACCAAACAUUGUAAGAAAAGCAGUUGUGAAUUAUUUAAUAUGAUUUCAGUGUGCUUUAGAAUAAGAAUAUUUUGUAUUUUUUCUUUAUGUUUUAACGUCAUGUUCACGUGAUGUGAGCUUUGUCAUUCGGCUCUCCAUGACCGUUAUACUCAUUUAACCUUAGAACACCAUACUGUCCAGUGAAGUUGCAAGUAUAGUAAGACGCCUAGUUCCGCCCGAGGUUCACUUGGGGCUAGUAUUGAAGGCAUUCCAUUUAGUUUGACUUUUUUCUGGUUAUAAGAGUCUGUAACCACUUCCAGUGUAUUUCUAAACCAAUAGAUCGUAUUUUUGUUGUACAUUCAGUGCCCCAUCCACGAAAGCUACAUGUAAUCUAGCCGUAAGCAUAGUUGUAAGACCGAAGAGAGAUACAUUUACCAGCCCAUAAUCAGAUUUAAGUUUUAAUGGUUAUCACUCCUCCGUAUCGAUAUAGACUAGAUUUAGUUCCUUUGUUUUCAAUCUAUGUAUGUACCUACGGCCAUUAAUACAAUCGUCUCCGAAUCAUCACCUAGCCAUACCUAUGUUAUAUUGCCAUAGUUGCCUAUGGCUCGGGUCUUAUCUCAGAUCUGUCAGAAACAUCUCGACACCUCCGCCCGUCGCUUAUCGCGGUACUUGGAACCAGCUUCUACACAGCUCGCCGCCCACCCGGAAUUUGAGUUCGAUGACUAGUUACUAAACACGGAUCCAUACAAAUAAAUGCAUAUUAAAGUAUCUGUCUGAAAAUAAAGCUAUAGAUUACGCUAAAUAAAAUUAAUUUCAACCGACA